UGACGUCACUGAAAUCUACGGAUUUGCGUGCGAGUUUUGUCCAGAAGUUUUCGGACUAAAUUAAUUUGAAUUCGUGGAUUAACAUUAUUAUUACAAACCCUUUGAAUUGUGUGAUUGUGGCAAGCUACGAUGUCUCUUAACAAGUUGGUUGGUGGUGAUUGUGGUGGAAACAACCCCCUUGUACAAUUAUCGCAGAUAGUAAGCAGAGAUGCGGCUCCACAAUUUUCUCAAGCUGAUAGAUUUGUCAACGAAUUUAUGGCUCAGACUUCAGGUCCGCAAACUUUCAACAUGAAUGCCUUGCUAAACAAUAUACCAGAAGUGGAGAAAGUGGGUAAAAGUAGCAAUGGUGGUCAAAAGAUAAACCAGGUAUCCAAUCUUGGCCCUCAAACAUCAAUGCCAUGGAUGCCUGGACCGUCUUCUUUUAUGUCGUCGCAGUCCAUGUUCCGACCUUUUCCUAUACUACAGCAACCCAUGUUACACCAUCAAGGACCAUCUAAUGUUCAGAUACAGUACAUAAGUGAAUCUGAAUUACAGAAAUCAGAAAAUGACGAUGUAAAGGCAAAGGCCACCGAAUAUGUAGAUAAUUUUAAAGAAGAUGAUGAGCUUGCUUACAACCAAUUUAUGUCCUUCAUGAAGAAAAUGAGUGCUGGUGAGAUAAACUUUACUGAACCGGUUCAGGGAGAGCAAAGAAAAAUGAGUAAAGAUGAAAUACUAGACGAGAUGGCAGAAAAGUACAAAGAUGAAUGGGCUAAACUCAGUGAUGUCAAUGAUUAUUGGAGCUCAGAAGCUGCAAAUGGUAUUUCAGAAGAGUAUAAUUUCACUGAAGGGAAUGUGAUGUUGGAAAAUAAGAGUGCAUUGGAAAUAGGUAAAGAAAAAUUGAAAAUGGGUGACAUUCCUGGGGCUGUUUUAUGUUUUGAAGCUGCUGCACAGCAGCAACCUGACUCUGCUGAAGCUUGGUAUUUAUUGGGAACAACACAAGCAGAAAAUGAACAAGACCCUCUUGCUAUCACUGCUUUGAAAAAGUCACUGGCCAUUGAUCCAAGACAACUGGAUGCCUAUAUAACACUAGCAGCUGCGUACACUAAUGAGAAUUUGCCUAAAUUUGCAUUUAUUUCAUUGUUGGAUUGGCUAAAAGCUAGUAAAUAUAAUGAUUUACUCCCCAAUGACAUUGAUCCUAAGAAAUUAGAUCUCAAGGAUUUGGAGUCUCAUGUCAAAAUGUUGUUCUUGAGGGCAGCACAGAUAAAUCCUUCUCAAAUUGAUCCUGAUGUUCAAAAUGCUCUUGGAGUGAUGUUUAACAUAAGUCAAGAAUAUGACAAGGCAGUAGAUUGUUUCCGAACAGCGCUAAUGGUAGCUAAUGAUGAUGCUAAAUUGUGGAACAGACUUGGAGCUACACUAGCAAAUAGUGACAAGUCUGAGGAAGCUGUUGAUGCAUACCAUCAAGCUCUUAAUUUAGAACCUGGAUUUAUCAGAGCCAGAUACAAUGUUGGCAUUACUUGUAUGAACUUAGGGGCUCAUAAAGAAGCAGCAGAACACUUCCUUGUAGCACUCAAUCAACAACUAAAAGCCAAAAGUAUGUAUCCUGACUCCUCAUCCAAUGAUACUAGCUCUUCAACCAUUUGGACAACAUUGAGGAUGGUGUGUUCCUUCAUGGGGGAACAUGAUGUUGCAAAAUUAGUUGAUGAGAGAAACUUAACAGAACUGAAUAAGUUUUUCGACCUUGAAUAAAUUUACUAAAAAAAGACUAAGAGUAUCAUAGUCCAAGUGUCAUAAGUAAAAUGGGAAUUAGGUAAGAUAAGCAAGAAUAAUGUUGCUGAUAACAUGUGAUAUUGAUACAUAAUAGUUAUUUUUUAUGUUGUUAUCUUCAAAUUGUAUAUAUGUAGAAUGUGAAGGGUUUUUUCUGAUUUGAAUUAUUAUCUGUUAAGAAAAACAUGUUAUGUAAUAUGAAUGGAUUUUUUGGGGGACUUAGAUGAAAAUAGAUAUUUAUUAAUUAAGGAUAUUGAUGAAAUGACUGAAAU